GCGAAUCAAACCACCAGCGAUUAGUUUUACACCCCCCCACCCACCCAACAAAAAAAAAAAAAUCCCCGUCUCCUCGCCUCGUCUCGUGCCCACCUCUUCCCUUCCCCAGAUCCGCCACCGCCCGCUCCUCGAUCCCCGCACCCCACGCACGCGGCCCGCAGGAAGAGGAGGAGGAGGGUGGUGCGAACAGAGGCAUGGCAGCGCCUCCGGCGAGGGCCCGGGCCGACUACGACUACCUCAUCAAGUUGCUCCUCAUCGGGGACAGCGGUGUUGGCAAGAGUUGCCUCCUCUUGCGGUUCUCUGAUGGUUCCUUCACUACAAGCUUCAUCACCACAAUUGGUAUUGACUUUAAGAUAAGAACAAUAGAAUUGGAUGGCAAGCGUAUCAAGCUACAGAUUUGGGACACAGCGGGCCAAGAACGCUUCCGGACUAUUACCACUGCAUACUACCGAGGAGCUAUGGGCAUCCUUCUUGUUUAUGACGUGACCGACGAGUCAUCUUUUAACAACAUCCGAAACUGGAUUCGGAAUAUUGAGCAACAUGCCUCUGAUAAUGUCAACAAGAUAUUGGUUGGCAACAAGGCAGAUAUGGACGAGAGUAAAAGGGCUGUACCUACUGCGAAAGGGCAAGCACUUGCCGAUGAAUACGGCAUCAAAUUUUUUGAAACUAGUGCCAAGACAAACCUUAACGUGGAGCAAGUCUUUUUCUCCAUCGCACGCGACAUUAAGCAGAGGCUUGCCGAGACUGAUUCAAAGCCAGAGGACAAGACAAUCAAGAUUAACAAGACAGACCAGGGUUCUGAGGCACCAGCAACUGCCCGUUCUGCUUGCUGCGGCUCAUAAGGGAUGCUAGACAUUCAUGAUCAUUGAUUGUUUGACAUUAUUUAUUUCCCGCUUGGCUGUUAUAGGAAGAAUUUGAAGAAGCCACUUGUGAUACUGUUGUGGUUGUACUUGUGUUUGCUUCCAUUCUUUGAAGCAACCACUCUUGCUGUUGACGUAGCUACUGCUAUUGCUGGGAGCUAUUGUACGCUGGAUUUCGAUCCGUUAAAGAACCUCUCCCUCCCUACAGUGUGUAAUGAAAUCCAUGUCGUUGGGUUUGCAUUUUAUCAAUCAAUUCAUGGAAUAACGUAUUGUUCUGAUGUGAA